AUGCUGGAGGUCUGACUCCUCCAACAGUUAUUUCCGUUCAUCAUGAUGUUGCGAGUUGUGCUAUUAUUUUGUGUGGCAGUGUUGAGUGUGAGAGGACAGACUACAAGGGUGUCACAAUGCACCGAAUACCCUGGGCCCCUGCCCAUCAACACAUAUAUCGAGGGAUGCAUUGACCCUCCCUGUACCCUGCAAAAAGGCCAAUAUGCAGUCGUCCACAUCAUUUUCAGAGCACCUCGAACGAUGAGAAGUAUGAAGACUAUGGCUUCGGCAUUCCUCCCAAUAAUUGGUGAACAAACCUACCCGCUUGGACCAAGCGAGCAUACUUGCAACUUCCUUGCCAACACUUACUGUCCUAUUGUGGAAGGCGAGGUCAUUAGAUACACACUCAAUAUGUAUAUUGAAUUAUUCUUCCCACGGAUUAUGGUGCCCAUAGAGUUCAGGGUCGUAGAUGAGAACGGUGGCCCCGUGCUGUGUCUUCGAGUACAACUCCGUAUCAUCGACCCCAUCAACAAGCUAGGCUCGGGCAAUGCCACCCUUACUGAUGUAUAACUGAUCCAGGUUACAGAAGACUUUUGAUAGCACCCCGGGCUUGAUACUGCAAAUUUUACUUAAGCGACAUACGAUUGAUAUCCAACUGAGAUUCAAUUACUAUUGAAGCAUAUGUGGCAUUACAUAUUUUUUGUUUUAAA